CACGAUUACAGACAGAACUAAACACGGCACCCAUCGGCAUUACCUUCAAGCACACCAACUUGUAAAAUCACCUACUUCAUCGUCAUGUCUCACCACAUCUCCCAAGCUCCAUUCCUGUUUGCUACCCUCCCUUCCUGCACAACUAUUUCUGUUGGAAAUCAGCACUCAUACAGCGUCGGCAGUGUAUAUAGUAGUAGGAGCAGUAUUUACAGUUGCAGCAUUGGCAGCAGCAUUGGCAGCAGCGUGAGCAGCAGCGUCAGUCUCAGUGACCAUUCCUUCUACAACCUGUCGAAGAACAGCAACAAGAGUAGCCUUGACCUCACUCAAUGCGCGCAGUACCUUCCACAUCAUCCUUACCCUUCCAUAUACAACCAUAGCAACAACCCAUGCACCUUCAGCCAAACAAGCGUGCAAGGCCACAGUAUUUAUAGCCUGUCAUCCAACGCCAGCUCUUGUAUCAGUAUGGCCUCCCAGUCCUCUGUUGAAAAAGUCAGCCACGCCUUUGGAUCUUUGCCUUCUCCUUGUCCAGUUCCCUCCUUCUCUGCGUCCUCCACUUCUCUGCCGCUAGUAUCCUCCAUCAGUAUUCCUCUCACAACUCCAGCUGCUUCCAAGAGCAAGGGCUUAUCACCUUCUCCUUCAUUGAGCUCAAGACGUGGCUCACCUCCACAUAUCCAGGGACACCCUCAACAACAACAGCUGCAGCUACAGAACUCCUUUUCGCGAUCACCCUCGGUUUCAGAUACUUCAUUGUCUACCCCAGCCCUUCUCUUCCAGGAAUCUACGGGACUGCGUACACCAUUGCUCGCACCAGUUGCCACCUUAAAUCAGCUACCCCUUCGAAAGACUGUAUCCAAGACUGUCCCCUCUUUGGACACUAAACUACGCCCCCACCCGGCGUCGCCGUCACCAUCAUUUGUUUCCAGUUCAUCAACCAUGAUGAGCUCAAGUUCUCCACGCUACUCAGACACUUUGUCGUCCGGAGCUGGCAUGAAUGAUUCAGACGUAAACAGUGCAUACGGAUCGAGCCCUAAAAUGAGAACAUACCCACAGCCAAUGGCGACGAUGGCCAUUACAGAUCUUGUCAUCUCAGAGGGACAUCACCUCACCACACUCAAUCGGAUUGCAUAUGCUCUGAACCAAGCUGUAGAAACCUCCGUGACCGUAGGCCGCAAGGAGAGCACUACUGUCCGAUCGCUGGUUGAUCGAUGGGCUGAGAUGGUGCAGAUUCAUUCCAAGUUUCAUGAAGAUGUCGUUGCUGUAAUCGAGGACCUUCGUGAGGCUGCGGAAUUGAUCAAUGAGCUGCUGAUGGCCCUUGAGCCCAUCCUUGUUGAGCACAGUCGAGAGUUGUCUAUCUCCCUAAAAAAGCUGACUCGCCGUGAGCAGGUAAGCAAAAGGCUGUACACUAAAGCCGUUAAAGGGCCAAGGCUGACUCCUGAUCAUAUGCAUGUCCUAUGUACCACAGACGUGUGAAGGCGCGUUUUUUUUUUUUUUUUUUCUUGUGGCCAUUGGUCAAUUU